UCUAGGGUUUCACUCUGCCACAAACACUAGCACGCAGGCUCUUCUCUCAAUUUCGCAGACAUUAGCGUCCCUUAGCUAGAAUCAUGGCAGAGAGAGGCUCAGGAGAUCGCGGCGGUUUCGGGCGUGGGUUCGGUGGCCGUGGCCGCGGAGGAGACAGGGGAGGUCGUGGACGCGGCCGCCGUCCUCGCCGUGAGACCGAGGAGGAGAAGUGGGUGCCGGUGACGAAGCUGGGACGGUUGGUAAGGGAUGGUAAGAUCAAGUCGGUGGAGCAAAUCUACCUCCACUCUCUCCCAAUCAAGGAGUACCAAAUUGUCGAUGCCCUGAUUGGACCCUCACUGAAGGACGAAGUGAUGAAAAUCAUGCCAGUUCAGAAGCAGACCCGGGCCGGUCAGAGGACUCGGUUCAAGGCGUUCGUGGUUGUCGGGGACGGUAACGGCCACGUGGGCCUCGGGGUGAAAUGCUCCAAGGAGGUGGCUACUGCAAUUCGCGGCGCCAUCAUAUUGGCUAAGCUGUCUGUUAUCCCUGUGAGGAGAGGGUACUGGGGGAACAAGAUCGGGAAGCCACACACUGUGCCGUGCAAGGUUACCGGGAAGUGUGGGUCUGUUACAGUGCGAAUGGUCCCUGCACCACGUGGUGCUGGGAUUGUGGCGGCGCGUGUCCCGAAGAAGGUGCUCCAGUUUGCGGGUAUUGAGGACGUUUUCACCUCAUCACGUGGAUCCACUAAGACUCUUGGGAACUUUGUCAAGGCAACUUUUGAAUGCCUCUUGAAGACCUACGGCUUCCUAACUCCGGACUUCUGGAGGGAGACCAGAUUCACAAAGUCUCCAUUCCAAGAAUACACCGAUCUGCUGGCGAAGCCGACGGGCAAGAUUGUUCAUGUUGUUGACGAUGCUGAGGCUUGAGGAAAGAACUUACAAGUUUAAAUUUUGCCUAAUGUUAAAUUCACUUUUAUGGUAAACAGGUCUGUUUAUUGGGAGUUUGAUUGGAUACUUUGUCUUCCUUCCUUUCUUUCUUAAUGCAAGGGACUUUUGCUGCCUUCUUGAUCCCAAAUUUUCUUGGUUGUGAUCUUAAGUUCGAUUCAAACAAUCUUGCGGUUUUCAUGGAUAAUGCUGUACUAUCACUUAUACAUACAUUAUUAUGCCUGUAUUUAUACUGAAGGCUUAGAUUUUAAUGUUAA